UUUUACCACUCUUCUUCGGGGGGCCAAAAAUUGCGCAAGACGACCUUCAUUUUUGUCUUGCACGAGCACUCGGCUCAGCAGUUGCUCCUGAAUCAACCAGACGACAAUAUGGCUUCUCUUCUUCUUGCCAUCUGCUUUCUCUUCUGCGGCUGCGCAGUUGCUGAAGUGAAAACUCCAAAUCGAUUAAUAACCAAAAAUCUAGUAAUAGACAACGGACUGGAUUUCGGAGAGUGGGGCGACAUCGAAUACUGCUAUGAUGGAAGUUUCGUCAACAACAUUGAAGUUCUGUUUGAGCCAUACUCCAUACUCCACAUAGACGAAACUGCCAUCAAUGCUGUGAAGCUCUACUGCGUGAAUAAUGCUGGACAGCACACUGGGUACAUUACCUCAAAGAUCGGAGAGAAAGGAGAAUGGCAAGGCGAAAGAGAGUGUCCCAAUGGUCUCAUGACCGGCAUAAGGGCCAGAGUGUUGCCGUAUCAGGGAUCUUCGGCCGAAGACGUAGCUGUCCAGAACGUAGAGAUUGAGUGCAACUAUGGAGAGAGCACAGUUCUGGCCAUGGAUGAGACACUCCUCUCUACCGACAGUGCUGAGGUACAACCUGGUGUCUGGAGUGAAUGGUCGGUAUGUGACGGCGACUCAGCAGUAUGCGGUCUUAAGGUGCGAUACGAGAAGCCUUUCCUGGUCGAGGACACGACAGCCAUCAGCGACAUUUCGCUCUACUGUUGCUCUGUCUGGACCCCUCCAACGGUCCCCCCAUCACAAUAAUUGAUUACGAAACGGCGUCGCAAUUACCAAGGUCACCGACGCUUCUUUAGGCUCAGUUUUGAUUCUUUCAGGGAUAUAUCCUCUAAGUCACCUUCCGAUUGGAUGAAGGACUUGUACUGUAUUGAGGAUCUUGCUUAAUAAAUCAAUGAUAAAUU